AUGGAGCGGAACAUUGAUAUCUACGCCAACAAGCUUGGGGAUGAGAAGCUUGAUAUCAAAAUCCGCGCCAAUGUCGCAGUCGAACUCCGCGAUAACAUCGAACCCCUCUGCUCCGGUGCAAGCUAUCCGAUCUUCCUCUCCAAACUAUGGCCGGUUUUCAAGAAAAUACUCCAGGGGGAGCCAGUGUUCACAAAUCUGUCGCUGGAGCAGAAACUACGAAACUGCGUUCUCGAGACACUACACCGGCUUCCGAUGAUGCCCUCCGACGUCGAACCAUACGCCGCGGACAUGGUGGAUUUGUUGAUGGACCUCGUACGGAUCGAGAAUGAAGAAAAUGCUGUUCUUUGCAUGAAGACAAUAAUGGACCUGGAGCGCAAUCAAGCGAGGGCGACCGCCUCGCGGGUACAACCAUUCCUUGAAUUGAUCCAAGAGAUGUUUCAGACUAUGGAGCAGGUCGUUCGUGAUACCUUCGACACACCAAACCAAGCGACGCCCUCGGGGAUGCCCUCAACGCCCGGUGCCUCUGCGCAAACCUUCCAGUCUCCCCGUCCUACUUCGCCCGCUGCCUCAGUUCCAGACCUCGUCACCGAUCAGCAAACGUCGAACAAUGUCCUUCUCAAGGGAAUGCACUCGUUCAAGGUUCUUGCUGAAUGCCCAAUUAUCGUCGUUUCCAUUUUCCAGACGCACCGGAAUUCUGUCUCCAACAAUGUCAAACUCUUCGUACCCUUAAUCAAAAGUAUCUUGCUUCUGCAAGCGAAGCCGCAAGAGAGAGCGCAUGCGGAAGCCGCUGCACAGGGCACCAUUUUCACAGGCGUGUGCAAAGAGAUCAAGAACCGUGCGGCAUUUGGAGAGUUCAUCACACUCCAGGUUAAGACGAUGAGCUUUCUGGCAUAUCUUUUACGCCUGCAACCGCACCAGCUUCAGGACUUCCUUCCUACACUGCCCUCCGUGGUCGUUCGGCUGUUACAAGACUGCCCGCGGGAAAAGUCCAGCGCUAGGAAAGAGCUUCUGGUUGCUAUCCGCCAUAUCAUCAACUGCACAUACCGGAAUAUUUUCCUGGACAAGAUUGAUCAGCUUCUUGAUGAGCGGACUUUGAUUGGUGACGGCCUGACUGUUUAUGAGACUAUGAGGCCCCUCGCGUACAGUAUGCUCGCGGAUCUCAUUCACCAUGUCCGGGAGCAUUUGAGUCGCGAUCAGAUCAAGAGAACAAUCGAGGUGUACACCAAGAACCUCCACGACGACCUUCCAGGGACAAGCUUCCAAACGAUGAGCGCCAAGCUUCUCCUUAACAUGGCAGAGAAGAUAUCCAAGCUGGAGAACAAGCAAGAAGCGCGCUACUUUCUGCUUAUGAUCCUAGACGCGAUUGGCGACAAGCUGGCGGCUAUGAACUACCAGUUCCCCAACAUAGUGAAGCUCCACAAGCUCUAUCAAGCCAACAAGAAGGAGGAACCGGCGCCGGAGAAGUAUCUGGCUGACAAGGACCACCCGCCUGACUGGGAUGAGAUUGAUAUCUUCUCAGCAUCACCUCUCAAGACGUCAAACCCGCGGGAUCGCAACGCUGAUCCAGUUGCGGAGAAUAUCUUCCUCUUCAAGAACCUGAUUAACGGUUUGAAGAACAUCUUCCACCAGCUCAAGAACUGCAAUCCGGAGAACGUUCAGAUUGACCCUGCUAAUGUUCCAAUUAAUUGGUCUGAAGUUUCGUAUGGUUACAACGCUGAGGAAGUGCGUGUCAUCAAGAAGCUUUUCCAUGAAGGUGCGAGGGUAUUCAGAUACUAUGGCGUCGACCAGCCGGAGCCGGAGGUGAACUUUUCUUCUCCUUUUGAUUUCCUUACUAGCCAGUACACCGCUCCUAUGCCCCGUGAAGAGAAGGAACUCUUGGAGAGCUUUGGAACAGUCUUCCAUUGCAUUGACACUGCGACUUUUCAUGAGGUCUUCCACACUGAAAUUCCCUACCUCUUUGAUCUUAUGCUUGAACAUGGGGCUCUCCUUCAUUUACCGCAGUUCUUCUUCGCGAGCGAAGCGACUUCUCCGGCGUUCUCGGGAAUGGUCUUGCAAUAUCUCAUGGAUAGGAUUCAUGAAGUAGGUACACCUGAUAUGGCCAAGGCUCGCAUUCUUCUGAGAAUGUUCAAGCUGUCUUUCAUGGCUGUGACGCUCUUUUCGGCGCAGAACGAACAGGUCCUACAUCCUCAUGUGUCGAAGAUUGUCACUAAGUGUCUCGAACUCUCGGUGACUGCCGAAGAACCCAUGAACUACUUCCUUCUGCUGCGCUCUCUCUUCCGCAGUAUCGGUGGUGGCCGAUUUGAGCUCCUGUACAAGGAAAUUCUCCCUCUGUUGGAAAUGCUUCUCGAGACCUUCAACAACCUGCUUCUUGCUGCCCGGAAGCCGCAGGAGCGUGAUUUGUAUGUUGAGCUUACACUCACCGUUCCUGCUCGCCUAAGUCAUCUUCUUCCUCACCUGAGCUACCUUAUGCGUCCGAUUGUUGUAGCCCUGCGUGCGGAGUCCGACCUUGUCGGACAGGGUUUGCGGACGCUCGAGCUCUGUGUUGACAAUCUCACGGCCGACUAUCUCGAUCCCAUAAUGGCUCCCAUUAUGGAUGAACUAAUGACCGCGCUGUUCGACCAUCUCCGACCGCACCCUUACAACCAUUUCCAUGCACACACAACCAUGCGGAUUCUGGGCAAGCUUGGUGGGCGAAACAGGAAGUACUUGAACCACCCGCCUGAUCUUACUUUUGAGCAAUACGCAGAUGAUGCUCCUAGCUUCGACAUCAAGUUGAUCGGUCCGAGUGAGAAGCGGCCGUUCCCCAUCGAGAUCGGUGUCGACCUGGCAAUCGCCAAGCUAAUGGAAAUCUCCAAGCAUCAGUCGGAUGCAUACUACAAGCAGCAAGCCUUCCACCUCGUUUCGUCUCAACUUAAGCUGUACAUCGGAUACGAGAACAUCCCGGAUGACAUGGCGUCCCUUCUUCGUUUGCACGCGAAUGACCUUUUCGAAAGCAAGACUUCGGCAAUGGCCGAUAUUCUUGAGAAGUCCGAGCGUACUAGCUCGAUUCCCAAGAAGCUUUCUCAGGAAGGCUCGCUCAAGAAGCUCCUCAAGGCCGCCAUAUUUGCCACCACUCUUCCCGCGCUUAAGGAGAAAGCAACCACAUUUGUAGCGGAUGUUUGCAAACACUUUGCCAUGGUGGAAGUAGGACGGUCUCUCGCGCAGGCUAGACAUACUCGGAGGCCCUUCGAUGUUUCCAGUGGCGAAGGUUCUGUUUACCUCGAUUCACGAGUCUUCGCAGAAGCCAUUGUCGAAUCUUUGUCAUCAGACAAUGCAGAUGUCCGCGACGCCGCCAAGGUGGCUUUGCUGGAGCUAAAGGAGGCGGCUGUGACAAUUUUCGGAUCAUCCGAACGCGUUACGAAGCUACCGUUCUUCCAGCAUCUUGGCCGCGUUUUCUGCCACAGCUGCCAUAGCGAGGAAUGGUUCACAAAGGCAGGCGGGAGCCGAGGUAUUCACCUCUACGCCACUGAGCUGGAUCUCGGUGACGCUUGGCUCUUUGAGAAGCAGGCUGAAUUCGUCAGAGCAUUGAUGUAUGUCAUCAAAGACACUCCCGCUGACCUGCCCGCAUGCACGCGCGCUCGCGCGUCAGAGACACUUGACUUGAUCCUGCGACGAUGCUGCAAGAACAUGUCCAAGGAUGAUCUGAAGAACGAAAAGAGUCGCCUCUACUCCCUCUGUGGUUUCUUCGUGUACGAGCUUUCCCACAUGAAUAAGCAUGUUCGCGAAGCAUCUCGCCGAAGCUUUUCUACCAUUGCAGAGAUUUUGGAAUGCCAAGUCCACGAACUCAUCUUACCUGUCAAGGAUCGCCUACUGCAGUCGAUCUUCAACAAGCCUCUGCGCGCCCUGCCCUUCCCAACCCAGAUUGGCUUUAUCGACGCCAUUACCUACUGCUUGAGCCUACGGAAUAACAUUGUUACAUUCAACGAGCCGUUGAACCGGCUCAUGUUGGAGUCUCUCGCUUUGGCCGAUGCGGAAGAUGAGAACCUUGCCUCGAAACCGAACGAGUUCAAGAAUGCUGAGAUGAUUGUGAACUUGCGUGUUGCCUGCCUUCGACUCUUGUCAAUGGCGAUGAGUUUUCCCGAAUUCGCCAAUACGUCGCAGAGCUCAAGCCGCGCUCGUAUCAUUUCCGUGUUCUUCAAGUCGCUCUACGUCCGGUCUCCUGAAGUCAUUGAUGCGGCGAACGCAGGCUUACGAGAUGUUCUAACCCAAACGAACAAGCUUCCUAAGGAUCUGCUUCAGAACGGAUUACGACCGAUUCUCAUGAACUUGCAGGAUCCGAAGCGCUUGAGUGUUGCCGGCUUGGAUGGGCUUGCUAGGCUAUUGACCCUACUUACCAACUACUUCAAGGUCGAGAUCGGAGCUCGCUUGUUGGACCAUAUGAAGGUCAUUGCAGAUGAUGCGACUCUGCAAAAGGUCUCAUUCAGCCUUGUGGAGCAGAAUCCUUCCAUGAAGAUUGUUGCUGCAAUCUUCAACAUCUUCCAUCUUCUGCCUCCAGCUGCUACUUCAUUCAUGGAGCACCUCGUAAACAAGGUUCUGGAUCUGGAAGACAAGCUUCGCAGGACCUCUAGCAGCCCUUUCAGAAAGCCGAUUGUCAAGUAUCUGAACAGAUACCCGAAGGAAAGCUUGUCAUUCUUCUAUGCUCGCUUCAAGGAUGAGCGCUUUGGUCGCUUCUUCGGUCAAGUCCUUGCAGAUUCGGAAAGUGAGGCCCUUCGGGCGGCUGUCGUUGCAGACACGGAAGGAUUUAUGACGGCGGCGUUUGGCCAGGAGCAAGCAGAGGGCAAGAAUACUGCCGCUAUCAACGGAAUCUAUGCUGUGCAUGCCAUCUGCUCUCACAAAUCAACUAAAGGCUGGCUUGUUUCCCACACAGAGCUCAAGACCAAAGUACUCACCUCGGCUCGAGACCUCCAACGGAAGUUACGUGGCGACAAACUCCUGCCCACCGAACGCCUGAGGGUUGAACAAGCGGAAGAUCAACUCAUGGACAUCAUCACAAUCUACUUGGCGGAGUCGAUGCAGGACCUCGACUUCCUUUUCGAAGUGAUCGACGGUCUGUCUGCGGGAGAUCUCAAGCGCAGCCUCACAUUCCCAAAGUUCAUCUACCGCCACAUCAUCACGAAUGAAUCGAUUGAUUAUCGCCGGUCCGUAAUCAUGCGCUGUCUUGAUCUUUAUGGUCAGCGUUCAUGUUCCCAGAAGAUGAAGACUUACGCCUUCCGUCACCUCGUUAACCCUAUCUUUGCGAUGGACGUUCAAAAUACCUGGAAUAACACGUCUGAUGGUCCAAAGUUGAUGGAUAAGAGUAUGUCGGAGUUCGUUACAAACCGUCUUUGGAAGCCGCAGGUUACGGACUUGAGUGAAGAAUCGAGCCAGCCGGGUGUCGACCAUGCUCGAAUGGAGCUUCUUCAACUGUCAGCAUUGUUGAUUAAGUAUCAUUCUACCACGAUCCAGGAUUGCAGAAAGGACAUUAUCAAGUUCGCAUGGAACUACAUCCGACUUGAAGAUAUCAUCAACAAGUACGGUGCCUAUGUCCUCAUCAGUUAUUUCGUUGCACACUAUGAGACGCCGUUCAAGAUUGUAGUCCAGGUCUAUGUGGCGCUUUUGAGGGCGCAUCAAAACGAAGGCAAAGCGCUUGUCACUCAAGCUUUGGAUGUCCUUGCCCCUGUUCUUCCCCAGAGGAUUCUCGCGCCUCCACCGCCCAACAACAAUACAACAAAUGCCAACAAUCCCCAGGCACAAGCGCAGGCUCAAGCUCAAGCUCAACAAGACACAAGGUACCCCUUAUGGGCGAAAUGGCCUCGCCGGAUCCUGGCUGAAGAGACGGCAAACCUCCAGCAGGUCAUGAGCAUCUUCCAGUUCCUUGUCCGUCAACCGGAUUUGUUCUACGAAUCCAGGGAGCACUUCGUGCCGCUUAUUGUUCCUUCCCUGAUCAAGAUCGCCUCACCCCCAGCCAACCCAUCCCACGAUAGCAAGAAGCUUGCUCUUAAUCUCAUCAAUCUCAUUUGGCUCUGGGAAGAGAAGCGGGUCAACUCCCCCACCCCCUCGUCCACGCCUAUGCCGCCCGUUAUGAACGGUGCAAUGGAAUCGCCCAACUCGAAGAAGCGCACCCUUGACGAAGCUCAAGGCACGGCUUCUCCUUCCCCGGCUGUUGCUCCUCCUCGCUCGGAGUAUAUGGUUCCUCAAGAUCUCCGAGCUGCCCUGACAAAGUACCUGAUUUCGUUUAUCACGACCUCCACAGAUCGUUUCCAGGUGCCGGCAGCGCGCUUCCGCGAGCUCCAGUCCUCUAAACCGCAAACGCCGGUGCACACAAGCGAGAUGCAAAAGAAAGCGGUUGGAUUGCUUCGCAACCUGAUGCAACCAGCCUACUGGGGCGAUCUCAACAUUGAGCUCUAUCAGAAGGUCACGGAGCCGAUCCUUACAGCGGAUAGAGGAGACAAGCCUAUCGAAAAGUACGUCACGGGUAUUGUGAAUACCCUGGAGGUUAUUCGCAUUCUUCUCGCGUCGAAGCCGGAUGAUUGGGUCGUUGCCCGGGUCCCGCUUAUCCAGAAGCUGUUCGAGAAACCCCUUCGUUCGGACAACCCUGAAGUUCAAGACGUUCUCCAUGGUCUUGAGACGGACAUGGAUAUCGAGCCCAAGCUUCCACCUCCGAUCCAGCGGGUUCUCGAUGCUCUUCCCGAUGACCAGCCUGAAGAUGAAGACGCGAUGGAUGUUGAAAACUCGCCUUCUGAGUUCGUUACAUACCUGUCUGCGAUCGCGACGGAGACACUGUCUGCCAAUAACUACAUCUCCAGUCUCAAUAUUCUCUGGUCCCUUUCGAAGAAGAAGCCGGCAGAGAUGGACCCUCAUGUUCCCCAGGUUAUGAAGGUAUUCUCACAGAAAUUGGCCAAGGAACAUGUGGCCGGCUCUACGAUCAAUGGACAGAACCAGGCAGGGCAAAAGCCUCCUGAGGGUGCUCCGGAUCCUCAGGAAUACGAGAUCGGUAUCGACCUUAUCUUCAAGACCAUUGAGCUUAUCUCCGUGCGCAUGUCUCACUUGGGUGAGCAGAGACGGCCCUUCUUAAGCGUUCUGGCACAACUUGUUGAGCGCUCUCAGAAUGAGGGCCUUUGCACAAAGAUCCUGGCCAUGGUUGAGUCCUGGAUCUUCCACUCCACCGAAUCAUGGCCUACCCUGAAAGAGAAGACUGCCGUCCUCCACAAGAUGCUGCUCUUUGAGUCACGACAAACGCCGGACAUGCUCCAUAAGUUCCUUGAACUUGUCAUUCGGAUCUACGAAGACUCCAAGAUCACCCGAACUGAGCUGACAGUCAGACUCGAGCACGCGUUCUUGAUAGGAACGAGAGCGAAGGAUGUGGACAUGCGUAACCGCUUCAUGACCAUUUUCGAUCGGAGUCUGACUCGCCUCGCAAGUUCGCGUCUCAGCUAUGUAUUGACUUGUCAGAACUGGGAUACCCUAGCGGACUCAUUCUGGCUGGCCCAAGCAUCGCAUUUGAUUCUAGGAUGUAUUGACAUGAACGCCUCGGCGCGCCUUCAUCCAGAUGACUUCACGGUAUACCCACUAUCCUUCUUGUUCGGCAAUGCAGAGAAGGAUCCCAGAAGAUCCGAAAUCAUGGUCGAUAAUCAGCUUGAGUCGUUUAUUGCGGAUCGCAAGAGAUUCCUUGGUGAGAUUGCUCAAGUCAAGGCCCGUGAUCUCAUUGAACCGCUCUGCCAGCUCCAGCACACGGACUCUAGCACAGCUUACAGCUUAUGGACUGCGCUCUUUCCUAUCUUCUGGUCAACACUUUCUCGUGAAGAUCGUAUCGAUCUGGAGAAGGGAAUGGUCAGCCUGAUCAACCGCGAAUACCACCAACGACAGAUUGACAAGCGGCCGAACGUUAUCCAGGCCCUGCUCGAAGGUGUUGUUCGUGCUACGCCCCGCUUCAAGAUGCCCCCGCACGCGUUGAAGUAUCUUAGCCGUACCUAUGAUGCUUGGUAUACCGCUGCCAAGUAUCUGGAAGAAGCCACCAUCAACCCAAUCAUUGAUACCCCGACUCUCCGUGAGAGUAAUCUAGACGCGCUAGUUGAAGUCUAUGCAGGCCUACAAGAGGACGAUUUCUUCUACGGUACCUGGCGACGCCGAUGCAAGUUCGUGGAAACCAAUGCAGCUCUGUCGUAUGAACAGCAAGGCAUGUGGGAUAAGUCACAGCAACUUUACGAAAACGCCCAAAUCAAGGCUCGCUCUGGAGCCAUGCCAUUUUCUCAAGGCGAAUACUUCUUGUGGGAGGACCAUUGGCUUAUUUGCGCCCAGAAAUUGCAGCAGUGGGAGAUCCUCAGCGAUUUCGCCAAACAUGAGAACUUGAACGAUCUUCUCUUGGAGGCCGCUUGGAGAAAUGUUGAGAAUUGGCAAAGCGAGAACAACCGGGAGCAACUCGAGUCCCUGGUCAAGUCUGUCUCUGAUGCCCCGACUCCUAGGCGCACGUUCUUCCAAGCUUUCAUGGCGCUGCUACAGUUCCACAAUAAGAAGGAAAACAUACAGGAAUUCAACGGUGUCUGCGAUGAGUCCAUUCAGCUCUCCAUUCGCAAGUGGCUUCAGCUACCCAAGAGGAUUACCAACGCCCAUAUCCCGAUUUUGCAACACUUUCAGCUUUUGGUUGAGCUUCACGAUGCCAGCCACAUCUGCUCCAGCCUGUCACAAACCAAUGAGCGAAAUCUGGAUACCAAGUCUGCGGAGCUGAAGUUGUUGCUGGGAACAUGGCGCGACCGUCUCCCUAAUCUGUGGGACGACAUCAAUGCCUGGCAAGAUCUCGUUACCUGGCGUCAACACAUUUUCCAGCUCAUCAACGCAACGUAUCUUGGCCUGCUGCCUCCUCAGACGAACAAUGUCGCCAGCAACUCGUACGCUUAUCGCGGAUACCACGAAACGGCAUGGAUCAUCAACCGCUUCGCCCAUGUUGCUCGGAAACACCAGAUGCCGGAAGUUUGCAUCAAUCAGCUCAGCCGUAUCUACACGCUCCCGAACAUCGAGAUCCAAGAGGCGUUCUUGAAACUGCGUGAGCAAGCCAAGUGUCACUACCAGAACCCGAAGGAGCUCAACAGCGGAUUGGAUGUAAUCAACAACACCAACCUCAACUACUUUGGUGCGCAACAGAAGGCCGAGUUCUACACUCUCAAGGGCAUGUUCCUGGCCAAGCUGAACCAGGUAACCGAGGCCAACGAGGCAUUCGGUGUCGCGUUGUAUUACGAUCUCAGACUGGCCAAGGCGUGGUCUGAAUGGGGUCAGUACAGCGAUCUCCGAUUCAAGAAGGAGAACACCGACUAUGAGCUCGCGAGCAAUGCUGUCAGCUGUUACCUGGAAGCCGCCGGUCUUUACAAGAGCGCAAAGUCACGAAAACUUCUCAGCCGAAUUCUGUGGCUGCUCAGCUUGGACAAUGACGAGGGUGUUGUGGCGGCCGCCUUUGAGAACUUCAAGGGCGACACGCCAGUCUGGUAUUGGAUCACCUUUAUUCCGCAGUUACUUACCAGCUUAUCACACCGCGAAGCCCGUCUCUGCAAAGCUGUCCUGGUUAAGAUUGCCAAGUUGUACCCCCAGGCUCUCUUCUUCCUGCUCCGCACGAACCGAGAGGACAUGCUCAAUAUCAAGAAACAACAUGACCAGAAGCAAGAGAAGCUUAACCGCGCGCGUCAACAAGCCUCGCCGCAGACUAAGCCCCCGCAAGCAAACGCGGAGAGCUCGCCUGCACAGACCGCGAACGGAACCACCUCAACUCCAACGCAGGGUACACCUAAUCGACCAGCUGGCCAACAGCCUGCGCUGAAUCAGUCCCAGGGCCAGGCUCAGCAGCCCCAGCAGCAGGGACAAACUCAAGGCCAGCCUCAAGCGAACGGUCAGAGUCCUGCUCAGAAGCCUGCUCAAGUUCCCUCACCUGCUCCGGGUCAAGCACCACAGCUACCGCAAGGUCAGCAGCAAUCCAAUCUCCAGGUUCCAGGACAACAGCAACAGCCGAACCCUACCACUGAAGGAGAGCCGGAGAAGGAGCCUCUCAAGAAACCGUGGGAGUACUCUGAUGAGAUCAUGUCUGGCCUCAAGACUGCUUUCCCGUUGCUUGCUCUGUCUAUGGAGACAAUGGUCGACCAGAUCCACAAGAACUUCAAGUGCCCCCCUGAUGAGGACGCGUAUCGUCUUAUUGUUGCACUUCUCAACGAUGGAUUGGCCUACGUUGGUCGCAUGCCCGGCUCAUACGCCCAAGACUUCAAGCUCCCCUCGGCGACUGAAGCCAAUAUUACCCGCUUUGCAGAGACAAUCCUCCCUGCUCAUAUCCGCAAGUCCUUCGAAGCCGACUUUGUCGUCAAGAAGCCUACCAUGUACGAGUACAUCCAGAAGCUCCGUCGCUGGCGUGACAAGUUUGAGGAGAAGCUUGACCGACGACCCCAGGUGCAGUUCUUGGAGAGCUAUUCGCCGCAUCUCAGCGAGUUCCGGUUCCUCAAGUUCGAUGAGGUUGAGAUUCCCGGACAGUAUCUCCUGCACAAGGACAAGAAUCAGGACUUUAUUCGCAUUGAUCGAUUCCUGCCGGAUAUUGAACUGGUUCGUGGUAUUGGCGUUUGCCACCGUCGCCUCAAAAUUCGUGGCCAUGACGGUAGCGUUCAUGCAUUUGCUGUGCAACAUCCUGCAGCCCGACACUGCCGACGUGAAGAGCGCAUCCUUCAGCUCUUCCGCAUCUUUAAUGGUGUCUUGGCUAAGCGCAAGGAAAGCCGUCGGAGGAACCUCUACUUCCACUUGCCGCUCAUGGUUCCAGUGGCGCCUCACAUUCGUCUGGUCCGUGACGACUCGUCAUACAUUUCGAUGCAAGGCAUCUAUGAGGAUUACUGCCGACGCGUUGGCAUCAACAAGGAUGAGCCUGUUCUGUUUACAAUGGAGAAGAUGAGGGCUCUGGCAGAGACUAAACAGAAUCAGCAGGUUCUUCGAACGGAGAUGCUCACGGCGAUCCAGGAGAAGUGGGUUCCGCCUACGAUGGUGCUGGAUUACUUCCAGAAGACGUAUCCCAACUUUGCGGACUUCUGGCUCUUCCGCCGCCAAUUCACAUAUCAGUACGCGGCCAUUGCUUUCAUGACCUACAUGAUGCACAUGGGCAACCGGUACCCGAACAAGAUCCUGAUCUCUAGGGCAACCGGCGACAUUUGGGGAUCCGAGCUGAUCCCGAUCAUCAACCCGACCAAGGCCUUCUUCUUCAACCCAGAGCAGGUUCCGUUCCGCCUGACUCCAAAUAUCCAGACGUUAAUGGGUCCGAUCGCGACCGAGGGUCUCUUCGCCUGUGCGAUCAUGGCUAUUGCUCGCUGCCUGACGGAAAAACGCGAGGACCUCGACCAGCAGCUGAGCAUCUUUGUCCGCGAUGAGAUGAUGUUCUGGGCUACGACGCACCAUCGCGACCGUGGCGUCCUUUCACCGACGCACCUGCGGGAGCUGGUGAACAGCAAUAGCGAACUCAUUGUCAGCAGAGCGAUAAGCCUCGCCAGCCCGCCAGAAGGAAACCUGCCGGCGAACCAGACGACUAUCGAUCUGAUCUCAAAGGCUGUGAACCCUCAGCAUCUGGCAGCCGGAGACGCGUUGUGGAUGCCGUAUCUCUGA